AAAAACAAAGUGAGGCAGAAUCUUCGGAUGACUCUGAAAUACGUAGACGGAGAAUUCGGCGAACGCUACCGUUGCCAAGUGAUACGGAAGAAUCAGACGAAGAUAACAGUGGAGAGUGGUCAGAUUUUGAUUUACCGAGGAACAAUAAUGAAUUCGAAGGAUCUCCGGGUCCUAACGUAUUUCUCAGAGAUACACAGAACGUCGAGAAUGUCGUGGAAUUAUUUAUAGGGAACAAUUUGUUUGAAUUUAUUAGUACCGAAACGAAAAGUUACUACAAUCAAAAUUCCAACAGGAGGAAGCCCGAUAGAAAAAGUGCUAAAUUUUUCGACGUUACGGCAGUCGAACUUAGAAAAUGGUUUGGGCUUGUUAUUCUUAUGGGAAUCAUAAAAAGAACCAAGGAUGGACGAUUGUUGGUCGACGGAUCCAUUAUUGGAAACACCAAUAUUUGGCAAAACGAUGUCUCGUAA